AUGGAAGAUCAAUCUCCGGACCCUAACAGUCCGAGCCAUGGUUCAGAGAGAAGCGAACCAGUCAGGUCAAGGUGGACUCCAAAGCCAGAACAAAUCCUCAUACUUGAGUCCAUCUUUAAUAGUGGCAUGGUAAACCCUCCUAAAGAUGAAACUGUGAGAAUAAGAAAGCUACUUGAGAAAUUUGGCUCGGUUGGGGAUGCUAAUGUCUUCUACUGGUUCCAAAACAGGCGUUCAAGGUCUCGCCGUCGACAACGACAGCUGCAAGCUAGCCUUGCAGGAGAACAAAGAAACCAAGCACAACAAGUACUUGGAGGUGGUGCAAUUCAGUAUGAAAAUAGUGUUGCUGCUAUGGGGUUUGCAAAUUCUCCUUCUUUUGCUUCAUCUUCACCUUCUUUCCUCGUUGGUUCCUCGUCUUCUUGCGGUGUUACGGGUGAUGAUGGAAUGGAAAAUCUACUCUCAAUGUCUGCUCAAAUGGGAUUUCAAGAAAUUGGUCAAAGCUCAAGUGUAACAUCCGUUUUGUGCCCAUCUGAAACUUCAAAUUUUCACUUCCAAACUGGAUUCAUCACAGUCUUCAUCAAUGGAGUGCCAACAGAAGUUCCAAGGGGACCUCUUGACUUGAAAGCCAUGUUUGGUGAAGAUGUAGUGUUGGUCCAUUCCUCGGGUGUGCCUGUCCCCAUGAAUGAGUUUGGCUUCUUAGUUCAGAGCUUGCAGCAUGGGGAAAGCUAUUUCCUGUUGUUUCCUUCUUCUUCGCCAUCUCCCAACACAUUCUUGCUACCUCUUCCAAAAAGCUCCUCUACAUUUGGAAAUUUUCUUUGA